AUGAGCGAAUCGCUUCUGAGAAGUUCUGCAAAGAUAGUUGCGAAAAGUCUUGUGAAUGGUGACUACAAGAACAUCGACUUCAAGCUAGACGAGAACUGCAGCAAUAUCUUGUAUGACUAUAUGCGUGCUAAUAACAAUCCAAUCACUCCUAAAAUUGCCAAUGAGCUCAUCAAAAAGUUGAGCAUAUCAAAAAUGAAAAUCAGUGGUCUUGGUGGAUUUACGGAUGCCAUUUUCACUGUAGCCAUAGCUCAAAACCUUGAAAGUCUAGAGCUCACUGAUCUAAAACCACUUUUCAUUUUCCGUGAAGGAAAAUCAGGUCGCAGACCCAUUAUAAAUAUUGCAAAGGUUUUACAAGCUCUUCUGAACAUUAAAAGUCAGGAAAUUCUAAGAAAGUUGAUAAUCAAUGGAAAGAAGGUCAAACUUCCCAGUGGCUGGAUACGAGUAAUUUAUGGAUUUGCACCAUUCGUGGAUAGUCUCAUGCUCCCAAAUUGUAUUUUAACUCAAGCGGAGUUCUCCAGUCUAUGUUAUUUGUUUAAUAGUAUUACUAAACUUGAUAUCAAUGCGUCAAGCUUAAAGAGUCUGACUGGAAUCUCAAAUCUUCAAAAUCUGGAACUCUUAAACUUGGUUGAUUUGAAAAUUCAAACAAAAGAAUAUAUGGUUGAUCUAUUUGAAUUGGAGAAACUGAAAAUUUUGAGCAUCAGCGGGUUGGUCAGAAGCUUUAGAAGUGACAUCAAUUCAAGCUUGUUAAAAUGUUACCUAGAAUGUGGCAAGACACUGCCAUCACUGAAAUUUCUCGAUUGUUCUUAUAAUGAUAUCAGUUUGGCGGACCUCUUGCAUUUGAUUGAGUCUCACCCAACACUACAGAUGAUUAAUUUGAUUGGCACCCCACUGCAACGAACUCCCCAAUUAACACUACCAAAUCGUAACAUUGAGCUAUUGACUGUGGAGAAUAUGGAUUGUUGUUUGAAAUCGUUGAAAUUUUAUACUCAAGCAAAGGAAAUUCAAGCUCGAGCGGUCUCAAAGGUUUUCAGAGAUAUCUCAAACCUUGAUGAUUUGGAUAUCAGUGAUGAUAGUCAUAGGGAGCAUUUUAAUAUAAUGAUUUCGCUUCUAAAUGGGUUCAAAGAUUGCACAGAUAUUCAACAGGAAUCACUAAUCUAUUUGUGCAGAUGUCGAAGAAGACCUUAUUUAUUCAAUGAGGAAGAGAAGAAUUUACUCAUCAACUCUAUUCUAGACGCCUUGCCUGAAUAUAAACCAAACGAGCCCGACGAGGUUGUGACCAGAAUUCAGAGAGCUGGAUGGAUUGUUCUUCAAGGGUUUCUAGAAACUUCUAUGAAGAAUAUGGAGAAGAUAUGUGACCAGGCAGCAAUGGUUGUCAAACGUUCGAUGAAUCUAAAUUCACAUGCAACACGUAUUUGUCUGGGAGUAUUGAGUGUUUUGAUGAGAAAAAUCACUCCAAAUUAUGCAAGAGAAGUGAUGGAGGACGGAAUAUUGAAGGAGCGAAUCCAUUUCUGUUUUGUGAAUAGUGAGAGACUCGAUGGAGACACAGUUUACAGUUUAAUCAAGACCCUUCAUAUCAUGACAUCCAUACAGAAGUACGUAUACCAUGAUAGCAGAACUAUCGAUUUGGAUGCUGCCGUAUUUACAAUUUUUCUAUCAACAUUGUAUAAUUUGAGUGAUGAACGACGAAUGCGAACAUGGUUUUUGAUAAAGUUCGAGCGGUAUAUCAGUCUGAUUAGCGUACGAGUUUACAUAGUGGUUCUUCCCAAGAUAUUCAAUGGAGAGUUAAUAUCAUUUCUCACCAGGAAAAACUCAUUCAAGCAAAAAGUUUUGGUUGCUGUACUCUGGAAAAUGAUGUAUCGUUACAUCAAAAAGCGACACCCGUCAAAUUUCCCCGAAGAUUUUAGCCACAGGACACAUUUGGAUGCGAUUCUGAAUGCGAUCAACACUUUCGAGUGUUCAGAAGAGGAGGUUAAAGAUGAAUCGAAGACAUUGGAUGUAUUAAAACACAUUGUUUCAAAAUCUGAAUCUCCAGAAGCCAUCAGUUGGGCCACGUGGAUGUUGGAGAAAUGCAAUAGAAAGAUAAUCUAA